AUGGCGACAGUAUAAGCUAAGAUCGAUUAAUUAGAAAAGGAAAUUAAAUUAAUAAAAAAAGAGCUUUUUUUAACUCAGGAGGUAUCUGAGAAGGAUAUAAAAAAUGCUCUUGAUGAGAAGAAUGGUGGCUAUUUCGAUUAGGAUAUAUUUGAGUAGCUCAUAGAUCGCAUGAAAGAAAAGCAAAGAGAUUAAACUAUAAAAACAAUAAGCUGGAAGAAUUUUUUCUUAACAUACAUUGAAGCAGAACAAUUACUGAACUAAAAAAUUGUAAAUGCUAGAAAAAUAUUAGAGGAUUGCUAUAAAAAAAGAAAUGAGGUACAAGAUAAACUCAUAGAGGCUCGUAGCUCAGAAGUUUUGAACUAGCACGGUAUUGCUUUCAAUUCGCAUUUAACCGUUACUGUUAGAAGUAUAAGCUUGAAUGUUCCCAGCAACGUGUAGCCAUAUGUAUAAAUCUAAGUUGGUCUGGACCAAUCACACUAAACAACAAAUGCAUUUGGAAAUUAAGCUACCUUUAACAAUACUUUCGAAUUUAAAAUCAACACUGGCCAGGAAAGCAUACAAAUUAAUGUCAUGAACUACGAUAGAGCUUCUUAAGAUACAUUGUUAGGAUCUGUAACUAUUCCUUUAUCCAUUUUAAAAGACUAAUAUCCCAGAGAAAAUGAGUACUCAUUACUUGGAUAUGAUAAAAAUGAAAUUGGUACUAUAUUCUUGUCUUUAUAAUGGCUGCAUUCAUAGGAAAAAUAUCUUUCUGAUACUUUAGCUCAAUGGGAUGAACACAUUAAAUAACAAGAGGAAGAAUUGUAUGAUUUUGAAAAAGACUUAUCUCUACUCUAUUCACCCUUCCCUCAGUAUGUUUAACUUUUUAGAAAUGAUAUUAAGUUAGGAAAUGCUCUCUAUUCAAAUUAAGGAGCAACUAACAUUGGCUAUAAGGUUGACGAACAGCCAGGAUUAAUUAUCAACUAAAAUCCUGAAUAUGAAAAAAUAGAUUUAAGAGGAGUAGCUCUUCAGGGAUAUAUUGAAAUCGAUUAAACAAUUUUCUAACCUGUUAAGAUUUUACUUGGAAUUUUCUUUAUUCUGACUCUCCUCAUCCAUAUUUAUAGACCUAAUUUUGUUGAUUUGUUAAUAUGUUUGACUACUAUUUUGUUUUACGAAUUACACAUAUUUGAUCAUUAGAGAGCUAAGUUUUUGCUUAUAGCUAUAUGUGUUUCUUGCUUCCUAGAUUUCUUUUGGUUAUUUAACUACUCUUCAGGAUGGUGGUCUGAAGUUUACGAUCAAACUGAAAUUCAAAUAGAAGAUUCUAGUUUCAAAAAGUUUGUUGUCUGUAUGAGUUACCUCUCAUUCUUCAUUAAGUUCCCCUUAGCUUUCUUUGUAAUGAAAUUAUGGAGGGAAUUAGAAAGUCAACUAUAAGGAAAAACAGUAGUGAAAGAAAAACUAUUAAAUACAUUAAAUUUCAACAGAUCCCCAGAAUAUGCUGCAGCUCAAAUUCCUUACUCUUAAGUUUAUGUGCCUCCCUAAGGAAGCAUUAAUAGAUAAUAUAUAGUCCCCUCAGUUUCUAGCUAACCUGGUUUCGGAGUCCCUAUUUAAUAAUCUUAUGUUGUUGCAAAUCCUCAGCAAUCUGUCUAUGGAGGAAAUAUUCAAUAACCUAAUUUGGUACAAACAAACAUACAAUAGUCAAUGCAAGUACCCUAUUCCAAUAUAGCACCUUCCUAUUAUUGA